GAGGCUGCUCACUCCAGAGUGCGUUGGUCAGGAGAGAGGAGAGCAGAGCGUGCUUUACCGGGAAUGCUGAGCGAGAAUGAUAUAUGGGUCUGGAGGCUCCUUGCAGUACCCCCAAAGAUCCCCAGCCUUACAGACAAACCACACUGAUUCCUUUGAAUGUCGACAAUAUCGAUCAUCCUAAAUCUGUACAAGACAACUGGAUUUCUUCUAUUUUCUGGUGUGUGAAUAAUCAGGAGAGAUGAGAGUUCACUUCUCCACCAGUUGGAUAUUUCAAGGCUGGAUCAUCCAUCUGGUUCUCACUCUGUGUGCACAGAUUGAUCAUAGUGGUCCGUGUUUUGCCUUCCAGAGAGUCCUGUCUAGACCCACCUGUUCCCAGCAGCAGUACCUCAAAGAAAAGAGAUGUUGCAGCAGGUGUGAACCAGGGUCCUAUGUGUUUGCAGAGUGUGCUGGUUACUCUGACACAAAGUGUCGUCCGUGUGGCAGUGAUGAGUACCAGCCUGACUGGACCAACGAGACCAAGUGUCUGCCUCAGAAGUUCUGUGACACAGGCAAAGGCUUUAACCGUGUGAGGCCCAGUAACCGCCUGGCUGCAGUACCCUGUCAGUGUAAACCUGGUUUACAGUGUUCUCCCAUCAACUGUGAGUUCUGUGAGAAGAUUCCUACCUGUGGACCAGGAUAUGGACUGGAGACUGACACUGAGUCGGGCAGGAGAACUUGUGUUGCGUGCAAGAGAGGACAUUUCUCUCCCAACACCUCUAUGGAACCAUGCAGUCUGUGGACCAAUUGUAACAGUCUGGGGAAGAGUGACAAGCAGACUGGGAGCGACCAGACUGAUGCUGUAUGUGGACCCCAUCUCUCUGGUGCCUCUACCUCCUGGGUCCUACUGUGGGUUCUGUCAGUCAUCACUGUCCUUUGUCUCCUCAUCCUCCUGCUCUUCUGCUACAAGGAAAAACUUCGACUACUCUCAGUGAAUUUACGAUCAUGUGUCCAGAAUCUGAAAAGGACCAGGAUACAGCAGGAGACUCUGGCCCCUCUCUACCACAGUGGCGUCGUAGGAGGGGGACUAGAGGGUCAGAGCGGCACUCUGCGUGAGACAACCUGUCUUAUUGGCCUGGCUCACAGCCCCUCAGAAACCCCACACACCUGUCCUACAGCUACACCUGGUGACGGGGUCAAACUGCCACCCACCAAAGAGAUGGAGGAGGAGAGGAAGGAGGAGGAGAGGAGGGAGGAGGAGGAUGAGGGGGUGGGGAGUGAGGGGUCAGGGGAGGCAGAGGAGGUUUCUGAGGAUGGUGUUUGUGAGGAGGUGGUACCAGACAGUGUGUGUAAGGUUGUACCAGAGGAUGUGUGUGUGUCUCCACUGUGGGCUGGCUCCUGUGUGUGUGUGUUGUCUGUCAGGGAACCAUUAGAGGUAGGGGAUAAUGAAGACUGUAGCCAGGCUGUCAACCCUGGAACUCUCGGGACCUGCUCCUGUGGAGGAGAGGGGGAGAGCAAGGGGGGAGAGAAGGAUGAAAGGAAAGAUGGAGGGAGGGAGAGGGCCAAGGUGGUAGAGGGUCUGCAAGUGAAGAGCUCUGAGAGGAGCAGCCAUACCUCCUCCCCGUUCUCCCUCUCUCCCACCUCCUCCUCUCUCUCCCCCGCUGACCAUUCAUGUGACCUCUACCCGCCGCUGACCCAAGUCAGAUCAGAGGUCAAAGGUCAGCUUAUUGACAGCUCACAGGGGAAAGGGGAGGAGCUAUACAGACUGAACUGCAGCAUAAGCUCCACCCUCACCACAAAAGCCACGCCCCCUUUGACCUCUGCAAUAUCUCCUUACCCCUCGGUGACCUCUGUAACUGUGGGUGACCGGCAGUCCGAGCUGACCUCUGAAGCCUCCAGCAGUGAGCAAAACCAGGGACUUUCUUGGAGGGACAUUGGGGGAAACAAGCUCUCGUCUGGGGGCUCGGAGCUCGAUUGUGCCCCUGAGAGCCUCCAGAGUCAACUCACGGAACCAGCACUCACCUCAGGUCAGGUGACGGGGAACAACAACACCACCUUCAUCUCUAGUGGUCAGGUGAUGAACUUCAAUGCUGACGUCAUCGUCGUCUACGUCAGCCAGACGUCUCUAGGCAACGAGGGGGAGGGGCCAGACGAUGCGUUCGGAAGCCCCGUCCAGGAACAGGCCAAUGAGAGAGCUCCGAUGUUCCAGAGUUCCAUCAACUCCAAAAGUGUCAGCCAUUCGUCAGUGGCGUCCUCAAUAAACUCCAUUACCCAUAACCCCCUAUGGCAGGAGCACAACCUGCCGGUUCAAGAAGUGACUGAUCAGUGGCCGAGAGAGAAUUGAACCGUGAAAAUGGUGGAUAGUGUACCAUUAAACCACGAGAGGAGCGAAGCCUGUCCAAAACCUACUGCUACGACCUACUCCAAACAAUCGUCCACGGUCUUCCUGGGUAGGUGUUAAGUAUUGGAACUGGGCCAUAGACUUGGAACCUGGAGGACUGUGAUCCUCAUCUGCCCUUGUGGUUGUUUCUCAAUAGUCUCAUGUAGAGCUUUGGCAGUCAUGAAAUUUUGUCAGCUGGUGAUUGUCAAGCAAACUGCCUGUCUCACGGUAAUUGACUGUUAAUUAACAUAAACACAUUCAGCAUCUCCUGGCUUCCACUUCCUACAAGACACCGAUGCAGACCUUUAAAAAUUGAAUAAAUCCAUGUAAUAUAGCCUAAACCAUCACAGUAAAUCCAUGUAAUAUAGCCUAAACCAUCACAGUAAAUCCAUGUAAUAUAGCCUAAACCAUCACAGUAAAUCCAUGUAAUAUAGCCUAAACCAUCACAGUAAAUCCAUGUAAUAUAGCCUAAACCAUCACAGUAAAUCCAUGUAAUAUAGCCUAAACCAUCACAGUAAAUCCAUGUAAUAUAGCCUAAACCAUCACAGUAAAUCCAGUAUUUAUUUUUGAGUGUUCUAAAGAAACACGAUAUGAAGAAAAUGUAGUCUAUUUCAGAAGAACAGAAUAGCAUAGUCUGAGUUGUCCUUAUGUUGGGUCCUGACCUGGGUAUGCCAUAUGUCUGUGGGCUACACUUGUUCAUUUAGCAGACAAGAUUUGUUUAGAAUUCCGUGGCAUCAUUUUAUAUUUUAUAAUAUGAAGAAUAUAAUUGAACAAUGUGCUAAUGGAACAAAGCUGAAUAAUAAUAACAUGGUGCUAUUCUGUGUUGAGAGGUUAACAAAGAAUCAGGUACAGUACUCUCAUAUGCUUCAUUUAGAGUUAUUUGUGUAACUUUAGUUGUGAUACAAAUGUUGGGCUAUAUGUAUUGAUUUGUAAUACAUUUUAAGGCUGCAUGAUGCGACUCUAAUGAUGAUUUGAAAAAAAGUUGCAUUAAAGGCAUGAGCUCUG